AUGGACGUGGAGAUGGACGUGGACGUGGACAUGGACGUGGACGUGGACGUGAACGUGGACGUGGACGUGGACGUGGACGUGGAGAACUUGGACGUGGACAUGGACGUGAACGUGAACCUGGACGUGGACGCGGACGUGGACGCGGACGUGGACGCGGACGUGGACGUGGACGUGGACGCGGACGUGGAGGUGGACGUGGACGCGGACGUGGACGUGGAGUGGACUGGACGUGGAGUGGACGUGGACGUGGACAUGGACGUGGACGUGGACGUGGAUGUGGACGUGGACGUGGACGUGGACGUGGAUGUGGACGUGGACGUGGAGGACGUGGACGUGGACGUGGACGUGGACGUGGACGUGGACGUGGAGGACGUGGACGUGGACGUGGACGUGGAGAACUUGGACGUGGACAUGGACGUGAACGUGGACGUGGACGUGGACGUGGAGGACUUGGACGUGGACAUGGACGUGGACGUGGACGUGGACAUGGACGUGGACGUGGACGUGGACGUGGACGUGGACGUGGACAUGGACGUGGACGUGGACGUGGACGUGGACGUGGACCUGGACAUGGACGUGGACAUGGACGUGGACGUGGACGUGGACGUGGACGUGGACGUGGACAUGGACGUGGACAUGGACGUGGACGUGGACGUGGACGUGGACAUGGACGUGGACGUAGACGUAGACGUGGACGUGGACGUGGACAUGGACGUGGACGUGGACGUGGACGUGGACGUGGAGGACGUGGACGUGGACGUGGACGUGGACGUGGACGUGGAGAACUUGGACGUGGACAUGGACGUGAACGUGGACGUGGACGUGGAGGACUUGGACGUGGACAUGGACGUGGACGUGGAGUGGACGUGGACGUGGACGUGGACGUUGAUGUGGACGUGGACGUGGACAUGGACGUGGACGUGGACGUGGACAUGGACGUGGACGUGGACGUGA